CUCAGUGUGCACAGCCUAUCUCCGCCACACCGUUUAUUCAACAGUAGAAGACAGUAGGAACCCAAACAAACUACUGAAAACUCACAUCCAGCCUCCUCUCUCACUCACGCGCCACAUCUUUAAGACUCCUCCGCUUGGGUGAAAAAACAAAAAACAAAAAAAAAAAAAAACCGCACGAGACGCUACUUCUUCUUUUGCAGCUUUUAAAGCCGUGUUUGCGCCAGUUGAGUGACAUUCCAGGUACUUUGCGUAGGUUAGUCCCGGUAGCAUGGCAGAUUCGGCGGCGGCCAACAGCGACGGGGAGGACGGACCCCGUCAGCCCAUGCGGGGCUUCGCGCGCCAGGGAGCCCUCCGCCAGAAGAACGUGCACGAGGUGAAGGACCACAAAUUCAUCGCGCGCUUCUUCAAGCAGCCCACGUUCUGCAGCCACUGCACGGACUUCAUCUGGGGUUUUGGCAAGCAGGGAUUCCAGUGUCAAGUGUGUUGUUUCGUGGUGCACAAACGUUGCCAUGAGUUCGUCACUUUCUCCUGUCCGGGUGCCGAUAAAGGACCUGCAUCAGAUGACCCGAGGGCAAAGCAUAAGUUUAAGAUCCACACUUAUUCCAGUCCUACCUUCUGCGACCACUGUGGCUCUCUGCUCUACGGCCUCAUACACCAGGGCAUGAGAUGUGACCACUGUAUGAUGAACAUCCACAAGCGCUGCGUGGCCAACGUGCCGAGCCUGUGUGGGACAGACCACACUGAGAGGAGAGGUCGCCUCCAGAUCACCGCCGAGGUCAAGACUAAUGUUCUCACUGUUACCAUCAAAGAGGGCAGGAAUCUGGUUCCUAUGGACCCCAACGGUCUGUCAGACCCCUACGUGAAGCUCAAACUGAUCCCAGAUCCCCGAAGCGAGAGUAAACAGAAGACCAAGACCAUCAAGUGCUGCCUCAACCCCACCUGGAAUGAGACUUUUAAAUUCCACCUGAAGGAGUAUGAUAAGGACCGGCGUCUGUCGGUGGAAGUGUGGGACUGGGACCUGACCAGCCGCAACGACUUCAUGGGUUCGCUGUCUUUCGGCAUCUCAGAGCUCCAGAAACAAGGAGUGGAUGGAUGGUUUAAGCUGCUCUCCCAGGAUGAAGGCGAGUACUUCAAUGUUCCUGUUGCUCCAGAGGGGGAGGAGGGCAACGAGGAGCUACGGCAGAAGUUUGAGAGAGCUAAGAUCGGUCCAGGCAAGAACACAGAAGGAAAGUCAGCCAACGCUGCGUCCCGGUUUGACUCCAACGGCAACCAAGAUCGCAUGAAGCUGUCUGACUUUAACUUCCUGAUGGUGCUGGGAAAGGGCAGCUUCGGCAAGGUGAUGCUGGCAGAGCGUAAAGGGACAGAGGAGCUGUUCGCUGUAAAGAUCCUGAAGAAGGACGUUGUGAUUCAGGAUGAUGAUGUGGAGUGCACUAUGGUGGAGAAGAGAGUGUUAGCGUUGUCUGGGAAACCGCCGUUCCUAACACAGCUGCACUCCACCUUCCAGACUAUGGACCGUUUGUAUUUUGUCAUGGAGUACAUAAACGGAGGAGAUCUCAUGUAUCAGAUCCAGCAGGUCGGCAAGUUCAAAGAGCCUCACGCUGUCUUCUACGCUGCAGAGAUCGCCAUUGGUCUGUUCUUCCUCCAUCAAAAGGGCAUCAUCUACAGAGACCUGAAGUUGGACAACGUGAUGCUGGACUGCGAGGGCCACAUUAAGAUAGCAGACUUCGGCAUGUGUAAAGAAAAUAUGCUGGAUGGAAUUACCACCAAAACCUUCUGUGGAACACCAGAUUACAUAGCUCCUGAGAUCAUAGCCUACCAACCAUAUGGAAAAUCAGUGGACUGGUGGGCCUUCGGCGUGUUGCUGUAUGAGAUGCUGGCUGGACAGCCUCCAUUCGACGGCGAGGAUGAGGAUGAGUUAUUUCAGUCCAUCAUGGAGCAUCACGUCUCCUACCCCAAGUCGAUGUCCAAGGAGGCUGUUGCUAUCUGUAAAGGGCUGAUGACGAAGCAUCCAGCGAAGCGACUGGGCUGCAGUCCGGAAGGAGAGAGAGACAUCAGGGAGCACAGCUUCUUCCGCUACAUGGACUGGGAGAAACUGGAGAACAAGGAAGUGCAGCCGCCGUUCAAGCCUAGAGCUAGAAACCGUCGCGACACCUGCAACUUCGACAAGGAGUUCACCAAAAUGACGGUGGAUUUGACACCGACGGACAAGCUCGUCAUCAUGAACCUGGACCAGGACGAUUUCCUCGGCUUCUCCUACACCAACCCCGAAUACGUGGCUCCUGCAAAUUAACGUAUGUUCGAUCAUGCUGAUGGACUGCAAGGAAAGGAGGUUUCAACAAAGUUAUUAGCACUAAAUUUUGUUUUAAAUGUGUUAGCAUUCAGUAAAAGUCUGCAUUUCUUUACAGCCACACCAGGGUUUUUGCCAAUACUUCAGCGCAAGAAAGGUAUCUGAAGAUAAGAAAAAGAAAAAAAAAAACUUGCACAAAACACUAGAUACCAAAGAUUUUGAAGUAUUGCUUAAAAAGUCCCAGGUGUCAGCACAGAGUAUAAAUUCAAGAGACUAUAAAGAUAGUGGCUUCAUUCUGCUUAAAUCCCUGUAACAUCCUUUCACAUUUGGUUCACUUGCUCCCUCAUAUGUCCCAAACCCAUGAAAAGUGCCAUUGUAAUGAAAUAAUCAACCUUAAUUCCCGUUUUUAAGCAAAAUUUUAAUACUUUCUAUGCUGUUGCUUUGUGAGUUUUCUCACCUUCCAACCCGCGUUAUUUUGCAGACCAAUGCAAUGGCAUAAAGUCAUGUCAGACGAAUCCAAAUGGCUACGAGCAGCAGCGUUACCCAGAAAUGAAUAGUUUUUUCAGUAGGGGUGUGCCAAAAAAUCAAUUCAUAUAAAAAUUGCAAUUCUUACUACAAUUCAGAAUCGAUUUAAAAUGGCCGAAAAUCGAUUUUAAAAAAUAAAACAAAUCCGCCGGCAGUCUGCCUCUGUUUUGUACGCAGGACGUCCUGACGUCAUCAUGCAGCCGGUUCUGAAACAUACACAUGCGUGGUAAGCACCAAAACAAAGGAAACUAAAGGAGGCGGUAGGGUUAGCAGCUAACAUGAUUAGCGGCUAGUGCAUUGACAUGCCAUCAAAUGCUGUUAAAUAACACACUAAAGGAUGAAAAUGCAUACGUAUAGCACGCCAAAUGCAACCAACUGGUGUCACAUAAACGCGAUUUCAUGAGAUCAGUCUGUCAGCAGGCAUCAACCAAACGACACGGUGACGAGUCAGACACCAGCGGCAAACCAACACACGCUGCUGUACCUCACCAAACUCCCUGCCGAGCAUGGAUAAAUGUUUAAAACUUAAUAAAUGUGAAAAAGACAUUUUAAUAUCUGCAUUUGUCAUUCUGUCUUGCAAAGCAGACUGGAGUAGAACAUGAGGAUCCUUUGCACACCUAUAGAUUGAAGUAGAAAUCAUUAUGAAUAAAAUUGAUUUGAAUCGAAAAUCGAUUUUGGAUCUAAUGUUAGGCCCCAAAAAUCAGAAUCGAAUCGAAUCGUGAGAUAGUAAAAGAUUCCCGCCCCUUUUUUUCAGCCAUCACCGGACUAGUAGAAGCGGUGUGAGUGUGCAGACUUUAGUUCCACCAGUGUCCAUUUACACCAGUUUCAUUAGUGUGUCUUGACCAUUGCCUCCUCCUUUCCCCUGUGUCGUUGAGUUGCGCUGUGGAAGUGCUGACACACAUUCUGACUGAGCGUCUCACACUGGGCCAUCACUGAGGAAUAUGCCUAAUGAGCAAACUUCACAGCCUGUCAAAUCAUUUCCCUCCCUAUCCUCCUUUUUUUUUUCUUCUUCUUUUUUUGGCUCUUGCAUUCUCUCAUGUCCCUCCCCCCCUGCAUCCUCCUGUUGUUUCUCCUUUCAUUUUUUUCUGUUUUGGCUCUAAUCCUUUCUUAUGACAAGGCCUCACUGCGAGCCUGGCAUGACGCGAUGUCACAGGGAUUGGCAGCGCGGCAGCCACCGGUGGCGUGUACACACAUGCAAACACACAAAUAGAGAAUGAGGCUCUGCCCAAGUAAGCAAGCAAUAAAACAACAGCAAUGCUACUUUUUGACUCCCCUAACCUAUCCAUGUGUGUGUUUUUAUGCUGUAAACGUACUGUAUGUCCAUUCUAGAUGUCCGUAUGCCAGAGUACAGUGGAUAUAUGACCGUAUGUGUGUAUUUAUGGCUGUGUAUGCGUGUACUUUAUAAGGCUUCACUGGUUAAAGCCAAUUACUUCAAAUUCAGCUCAAAUUCAGCAAAUCUGCCUUCCAGCUUCAAACCACGUUACAUUGGCUGUAAUGCCAGCUAGCUCUGUGUACUGUACGCACACACACGAGAACACACACAGAGUCAUACAGUCCAAUCCAUGUCUGAGGGUUGGAAUUAUUAGGUGAAGCGUAACAAGGCGGACAAUGACUGUGAAGUGUUCGCUCCUGGAGGCACACAAGACAUAUACUGUAGGUCCAUUACACAGGCUUAGCAUUUUUCAUUUUUUUUAAAUCAGCACAAAUAGUAUCCUCAUGUAUACCAUAUACAGUAUAUAUGCAUAUAUUUGUACAUAUUUAUAUAUUCUCCAGAACACUCCAAACUCUCUUUCUCCUUUGGGUAAAUCUGUCUCUGCAGUUCUGUCCCCUUUUGUUUCAGUGUUGUAUAAUGUAAAACAUAAAGGAUUAUCGAUGUGCCGGCCUUUCCCAGACAUAGACUUGUACAUUUGCUCAGGUCAAGGGUUGGAAUCUAAAUUAAUGUAAAUCACGCCUACUCUUAACAUCUGCUGUUGGGAAUCGUAGACCCUAAAGCAUCUGAUAGCACUCGACAACUACAGCUGUGUUUACCUGUGUGUGUGUGUGUGUGUGUGUGUGUGUGUGUGUGUGUGUGUGUGUGUGUGUGUGUGUGUGUGACUGAGUGAACCAACAAGUAGAAAAUGUGUAUUUAAAUCAGUUCUGUUAAGUACUGCGUAAUUCAAUAUAAGUCUCUUUAAAUCUCUAUAUUACUCUUUUUUGGCAAAGAUAGAAAACACACUUUCUAUCCACACCUGACCAAAUGAUGCUAAUACGAAAAGCUCUGUUGUCAUUGUUUUAAAACACAAUUGUUAGCAAGUUACGGUUAUGUUUGGUGUUAAAAAUUCCAGAUCAAGAGUAUACCUGUAAGAAAUUGCUCUAUGCAUGUUCUGAUCUUUCUUCUUCUCUUUCAUAUCUUGUUCCAUAUGAUAUGGACGUAUCCUAUAUUAAGUGUUGAGUGGUGGACUGGUAUGUAAUAAUAGACAUCAAUAGGGUUUAUGUUGCUUUAUUUAUGAUAAAAUUAUGUUCCAUGUCAUUGUUAGCUAUUGGCUAAAUAAUAUACAAUGCCAUGUUCUGCUUUGUUUGUACAUAUAUAUAUAUAAAUAUUUUUCAAGUCUAUAGGAGUAAGAGUCUUCCAUUUCCAUGGUCAGUGUUUAUAAGUAAAUAUAUACAUGUACAUAUAUAUGUAUAUAUACGAGUUGCAAUAGGAAGUGUGCAAAUAAGGCAGAAAAAUACUUAUAGGGAAAACCAAUGGCAUUGUACAUCAUUAAAAUACCUAUUUAUACCUCGUUCAAGUACUGACACUGUUGAUACUUGGUUGGUACUGCAGGGUUAAACAGCAUCAGCCUAAAAGUGGACCGGCUUAGAUUGUGACCUCCUUUUUCCUCCAUUUUCUUCCUCUUCGACCUUUUCUUUGAUCGCGGCAUUCCAUCUGUCACUUUACUUUUUGCUCCUGACCUUUGUCUCUCGUCUUUCCUCCUUCCUCACACAGCUCUCUAGUUUCCUUUUUCUUUCAUUUUCGUUCCUUUUGCCCUUUACCCCCUUUCUGUUCUGAGUUAUCUAUAUCUAUCCUUAGUUCUAUUUUCUCUUCUCUUCUCUUCUCUUCUCUUCUUUUCUCUCCUCUUCUCUCGCUGAUUCAUCCCGUUCUGUUUCUCUUUUAAGUCCUCUUUUCCUCGUAGCCUGUAUCACUGCCAACUGAGAUUAAACACAAAAUCUGAUGAAUAAGUAAAACCGAAAUUUGAUGGUUGCACCUUGAACCAUUUUUUUCUGCUUCGUUUUCAGCUGGGCUAAGAUGCUAAACAAAUACUUUAAUAAUAACAAAAAAAUAAUGUGCAAUUUAUACAUACAGAGGCCUGCAAAAGAAGAGUAAGUGUGUUUCGUGUAGUUUAUCGGUAAGAAUAUGUGUAUUGUGAUGUUUUCGACUGUAGAAUAAUAAAUCAUGUUGAAAGACCA